CCGGACUGAUUCCGCGCUGAAAAGGAAGAAUCCAGGUCUAGCUGUGAUUCAACAGCUAAAGCGACUGGACAAACACAGUUUAGAACAACAACGAAAACGAGUUGCUUUGCUUCCGAGCAUCGUGGCACUGCGCCGAAGCGGGAACAUGGCUGAUAAAGAGGUAUAUGAUGAUGCUGUGGAGGAAAGGGUCAUCAAUGAGGAGUACAAGAUCUGGAAGAAAAACACACCAUUCCUGUAUGAUCUGGUGAUGACCCAUGCACUGGAGUGGCCCAGUCUGACGGUCCAGUGGCUUCCAGACGUCACCAGACCAGAGGGGAAGGACUACGCGGUGCACAGGCUGGUUCUGGGGACCCAUACGUCAGAUGAGCAGAACCACCUGGUCAUUGCCAGCGUCCAGGUACCAAACGACGAUGCUCAGUUUGAUGCCUCCCACUACGACAGCGAGAAAGGAGCAGAAUUUGGAGGAUUUGGGUCAGUAAGUGGGAAAAUAGAAAUUGAGAUCAAGAUUAACCAUGAGGGCGAGGUGAACCGAGCCCGUUACAUGCCCCAGAACCCCUACAUCAUUGCCACCAAGACCCCCACCUCCGACGUGCUGGUCUUCGACUACACUAAACACCCGUCUAAGCCCGAUCCCAGUGGAGAGUGUAGCCCCGACCUGCGACUGAAAGGCCACCAGAAAGAAGGCUACGGCCUGUCCUGGAACCCCAACCUCAGCGGGAACCUGCUCAGCGCCUCUGACGACCACACCAUCUGCCUAUGGGACAUCGGGGCUGGGCCAAAGGAGGGGAAGAUUGUCGAUGCCAAGACCAUCUUCACUGGACACACGGCGGUGGUGGAAGACGUUUCCUGGCAUUUGCUUCAUGAAUCCCUGUUUGGCUCCGUUGCCGACGACCAGAAACUCAUGAUCUGGGACACACGGUCCAAUAAUACAUCCAAAGCCAGCCACGCCGUCGACGCCCACACCGCUGAGGUCAACUGUCUGAGCUUCAACCCCUACAGCGAGUUCAUUCUGGCCACUGGUUCUGCUGAUAAGACUGUUGCAUUGUGGGAUCUGAGGAACCUCAAACUGAAGCUCCACUCCUUCGAGUCUCACAAAGAUGAAAUUUUCCAGGUCCAAUGGUCUCCUCAUAAUGAGACCAUCCUGGCCUCCAGUGGCACCGACCGGCGCCUCAAUGUCUGGGAUCUCAGUAAAAUCGGGGAGGAGCAGUCGGCAGAGGACGCUGAGGACGGACCCCCAGAGCUGCUGUUCAUCCACGGUGGACACACAGCCAAGAUCUCUGACUUCUCCUGGAACCCCAAUGAACCCUGGGUAAUCUGUUCAGUGUCCGAGGACAACAUCAUGCAGGUGUGGCAGAUGGCGGAGAACAUUUACAACGACGAGGAGCCGGACACCCCCGCAUCAGAGCUGGAGGCCCAGGGAUCGUAACCAGGCUCUGCAUGGGUCCUCCUGACUCCACCCCCUUCCCUCCUCCAUCGCCCUCCCACAAACCCAGCCCCCGCCCAGCCUGCCGUUUCCCUCACCGGCUUAAUCUCAAGUGCAAAAUGACAGAUCUGCGCUCCGUGGACGAACAAACCCAGCGGAGAGUGGACGCCACGGACUCAUCUACGCUAACAGCGGGCUUCGGUCUGAUCUGAGUAACCCUUCACUAAGGCCCAGGUACCCAAACGCACUUAAAGCACUUGGAAGAGUCCCCCCCAGAGGUUCACAGUGGAUGGGGGCAGAUCUUUCACCUGCUCAGGUGAGAGUGUCUCCAGUGUUUGGGCAAAGGGAGUGUUUUUAAAGGCUCGUAGAGCGCAUACCCGUUUAUGUGCACAAUUCCAAAGGGCUCAUGUACGGAAACACCAAGUGUUCUGUUCCAUUUUUAAUGUAAUAUUAGUCAGAAACCACUAGAUAUUUGACUUCCCUCCUGACAUUCUCAUAGAUUUCGAUUCCCAGACAGUGAGACACAGAUGACCUGAGCACUGAUCUGCUUCUGCCAUGUGUCAGCAGUUCAAACAUGACCACAUUGGUUUGACUCCAGGGAAGCUCCAUCACAUGUUUUUUUUCUAACCUGAUUAACUCUUUGUUUUUUUGUCCAAACACAUUUAGCAGACAUGUCACGGGCGUCCUUAGAGGAAACAUUCCCUGCUGUGUUUCCCUCUUUUGUCAUUGUUUUUGAGGUUCUUUCAGGUACAAAAUCUCUUCAGUAUUUAGUUUGAGUGAAAGGUGUGGGACUAAAUUAGUGCACUUAAGGGAAACACAGGUAUCUUUUCCUCUCCCCCUUUUCUGUUGUUACAUAAUGUGAAAUUGUCAUGUUUUGUUUCUUGCAUCACAAAUUGCAAUAAAAUUUUUUUAACUGUUCAAAAUCA